AUAAGUGAAGUGAAAUAUCGAUAGCUGUGAAGUCCAAAAUGUGUCCAUCGAUCGAUAAAGAAACGUCAUUAAAUUUUUGAAUGGGUGAUCUUUGGUGAUGAUAAAUUAUUAUCCGCGUGAGGUCUGUCUAAUUACAACAUCAACUGAUAUCCAAAUAACAGCAAAUAAAGGGAUAAUCUUCAAGCUACAGAUAACAAUAUUAAUAUAAGAUAAUUGAUUGAUAGUUUCUAUUUGUGCUCAGAAAAUGGCGAACACUUCUCAUCUGAUGAGACGACAGAGUUCGCGGGAUCUUUAUGCUCAAAGAUCCUUAGAGAGAAUGGAAAUGAAAGAAUUGCGAGGCAGAUUAGUAACCCUUGAAAACGGACAUCCCACGCCUCGGACCCAUGUCAUGUAUGGAGCAACAAACCAAGCCUUCGAAGAUACGAGCCCAAACAGACGCUCAUCGGAAACUCCCACGAGUAAGGAGAGCUCUGUUGAAGAUAGGGGGGCAUUGAAACCCGAAGGUGGAGACGGUGAAAGGGAAUCCUGGGAUAGUAAGCUUACAUUCCUCCUUGCAACUGUUGGUUAUGCAGUGGGCCUCGGCAAUGUGUGGAGAUUUCCAUAUCUAGCACAGAAAAAUGGAGGAGGGGCAUUCCUGAUACCAUAUUUUGUGAUGUUAGCUAUCGAAGGAAUACCGAUCUUCUAUUUAGAGUUGGCCAUCGGCCAGCGUUUGAGGAAGGGAGCCAUUGGCGUGUGGCACCAGGUGUCUCCGUAUUUGGGCGGUAUUGGUAUCAGCUCGGCCGUCGUUUCUUUCAACGUCGCUCUGUACUAUAACUCGAUUAUUGCGUGGUGCCUGUUCUACUUUGCUCAGAGCUUUCAAGCGGAACUGCCCUGGUCGGAGUGCCCAAAGAAGUACUUCGAUAACGGUUCUUACACAAUGGAACCGGAGUGUGCCAUAAGCAGUCCCACCCAAUAUUUCUGGUAUAGAACAACGCUUCAAAUAUCUGAAGACAUCAAUUACCCAGAACCUUUCAACUACAAGAUUGCCCUGGCUCUGAUUAUCGCCUGGAUCCUCGUCUACAUGUGCAUGAUAAAGGGAAUCGCCUCAUCAGGAAAAGUAGUCUACGUGACAGCAACCUUCCCUUACAUAGUUCUCGUUAUAUUUUUCUUUCGAGGAAUUACAUUGAAAGGCAUGGGCGAUGGGCUAAUACACCUAUUUACGCCCAAAUGGCACAAAAUCUUGGACCCAGUCGUAUGGUUAGAGGCCGGCACACAAAUAUUCUUCUCGCUUGGAUUAGCUUUCGGAGGCCUUAUAGCAUUUAGCUCUUAUAACCCAGUUGACAACAACUGCUACCGAGACGCGAUUAUGGUCUCAAUGACUAACUGUUUAACGUCCAUGUUCGCUGGUAUAGUAGUCUUUUCCAUUAUCGGUUUUAAGGCGACGAUGGUGUACGAAAAAUGCUUGAGCAUGAGGAACGAAACACUUCUGGAGAUAUUUGGCGCAGCGUACAGCACCAUGGCAUUGCCUGAUGCAGGUGAGAACAUCAGUAUUGAUGUAAAUGGAACUACGACUCAUAUGAUGAUGCCGACAUUACCUGAAUGUGACUUGCAGAAGGAAUUAGACAAUACGGCAUCUGGCACUGGCCUCGCAUUCAUAAUAUUCACGGAAGCCAUCAAUCAAUUUCCGGGCGCACAAUUUUGGUCUGUCUUAUUCUUUUUAAUGCUCUUCACUUUGGGCAUUGACUCUCAAUUCGGAACGCUGGAAGGAGUCGUCACCUCAAUUGUAGACAUGAAACUGUUUCCGAAUCUUCGCAAGGAGUAUUUAACCGGAGGAAUAUGCCUUAUAUGCUGUCUAUUAUCUAUGGGCUUUGCACACGGAGCAGGGAGUUAUAUUUUUCUGCUGUUUGACAUGUACAGUGGAAAUUUCCCAUUGCUGAUAAUUGCGCUAUUUGAGUGCAUUGGGAUUUCUUAUGUCUACGGUGUCAAAAGAUUUGCAGAUGAUAUAGAACUGAUGACUGGACAAAGGCCAGGUAUAUAUUGGCUUAUAUGCUGGAAAUAUCUGUCUCCACUGGCCAUGAUAUCCAUCCUCGUGUCCUCAUUCGCCGAGCUGGCGGUUGAAGGCUCCGGGUACGACGCUUGGAUCACCUCAGCGGGCGACACGGUGAGGAAGUCCUGGCCAGGGUGGGCUAUAUUCCUCGUGUUAGUGCUGGUUCUUGCUUCCGUGUUGUGGAUACCAGGAGUUGCCAUAUGCAGAUACUUCGGUUUUCCCAUAAUUGAGGACGAGGAACGCGCUUGGUUUCCGGCUGAAGACCUGCGCGACUUCCACGGCAUAGAGCCAAGACCUGUGACUGCGUUGGACACCCUGCUGUUCUGCACCCGCCCGGACGGCAGCGAGGGCUGCUGCUGGCCUGGUUGCUGCGAAACUGAUGAUGAAGAGUAAAGCGAUACGUUUUGUAGUAUUUUUCUUCGCACUAAAGGAAGAAGUAUUCUUUUCCAUCGCCAACACAAUUCUCUGCCCUAUCUUUUCGCUCGUGAAUCAUAAGAACCAAUAUUGUUGACUUUCUUUUCACAAUUUUCUCAGUAGCU